UUAUCAUGUGGACAUUUGACAACCUUGUCCGCAGUGCGUGCUGUUGUCCCAAUUUUGAAUACAAGUCGGUUUUGCCUUUUCCGUUUUCCAUCAAUCUUCCUGGCUGGAUGCACAUUCUCGGCAUCAGCGCGUGACCUCGUAAUUCCCAAGCCCAAGGCAAAAUCAACUACUUGCUACCCAGAAUGUUGAACGCGUGGUCGGCGAGGCUACUAAUCCUUAAAAAAUCGUUGGUCAAUAAAAUCAACCCCUACUCAACCUAUAUAAUUAUCUUCACCUCUCGUUUGCUUGUUCUUUCGAUUCUCCGUAGAAAACAAUUUUUCGAACCUUAAACUUGAAAACUUCGAUUCGACUUCUUUUCUGCAAGUUAAAUAGGGUUGAUCUUCUUGUGUCAUCUAUUGGAAAAUUGACUUGUCACUGCGUCUUGGGCUUCAAAUCAACGUAGAUGAAGAGAUUGGAAUUCGCAGAUUUGGAGUUAUAAAGGUGUAGCUGAGUUUAAUGAGAUAGCCAAGUUCAUUCCUCACGCAAGCAAAGAAAGGGUUCUGAUUGCUGAAUACAGAAGUUGAAGUCGUAAAAGAAGCGACCUGAGUUAUGUUGAGGUUUGUCGGUGCAUGAAACAGUUUAUGCUACGGCAUAGGAUGAAACAACCGUUUUCUGGGUGUAGUGGGACUGGUGAAGAUUUAUCAAACUCUUCUUAUCCCAUCAUCUCCUCAGUACCUACCAGACUGUUCGACUCUUUGAAAUUUGAAACAGGAUACUCUCCAAAUUCGCCUUUUACUACCCAUUUUGAAUCUCAGACCCUCGCCACAUUUAGCGACAGUCGAGAGGGACAAAAUUCCACAGAUACUCAUUCUGAAGCCACUCCCUCAUCUCAUUCUUCUUUGGUUCACAAUAAAAUUUUCCAACAAUUAAGCCACUCUCCCAAUGGUCUAUUGAUUUGUUCUGGGGGACCUUUUCUUCAGAAUGCAAAUCACAAUCAGCAUGUAGAAUGCACUUUGGAAGAAUUAGAGACUGCUCUCAUGGGACCAGAUGAUAACGUGGAUGUGAGAACCUUGGAUCCUUCUUUAGGGGAAAAUAACCAACUACAAUCAUCAGGCAAGAGGUCUCCGCCCUGGAACUCACGUUUACAUGAUCAAGGGACAUCUUACAUUUCCUGCUUUAGAAGCUCGGCCGACGAACUUCAUGCUGAGAAGCGUCUCAAAGCAAUGGAGGACUUAUCAUUGCAGGGCAUCCCUCAACAUAAUCUUAAACAGUUGCUGGUUGAAUGUGCUAGAGCUCUUUUUGAGAAUAAAUUAGACGAAUUUGAGAAAUUGGUUGAAGAGGCACAAGGUGUUGUAUCUAUUUCUGGUGAACCAAUUCAACGUCUAGGAGCUUACAUGGUUGAAGGGCUAGUAGCAAGGAAAGAAUCAUCAGGCUCCAUCAUCUAUCGAGCCCUCAAGUGUAGGGAGCCAGAGAGCAAAGAUUUGCUUUCGUACAUGCAUAUUUUGUACGAAGUAUGUCCUUAUUUCAAGUUAGGUUACAUGGCGGCAAAUGGUGCCAUUGCCGAAGCAUGUAGAAAUGAGGAUCAUAUCCAUAUUAUUGACUUUCAGAUUGCACAGGGGACACAAUGGAUUACUCUCUUACAAGCAUUAGCAGCAAGACCCAGUGGCGCCCCUCGUGUUCGAAUUACAGGGAUUGAUGAUCCGGUCUCUAAUUAUGCUCAUGGUGAUGGUUUGGCAGAGGUAGGGAGACGGUUGGCUGCAAUUUCUGAUAAAUUCAAUAUCCCCGUCGAGUUUCACGCUAUCCCAGUUUUUGCUGCAGAGGUCACGAUGGAUAUGCUUGAUGUUAGGCCCGGUGAGGCUCUGGCAGUGAAUUUCCCAUUGCAGCUCCAUCACACCCCUGACGAGAGUGUCGAUGUUUCCAAUCCGAGAGAUGGACUUCUAAGAAUGGUGAAAUCACUUUCUCCCAAGGUGAUUACUCUAAUAGAGCAAGAAUCGAACACAAAUACCGCGCCAUUUUUCCCAAGGUUCUUAGAAACGCUUGAAUUCUACGCAGCAAUGUUCGAGUCAAUAGACGUGACCAUGCCUAGACACCAGAAGGAACGCAUUAAUGUAGAGCAGCAUUGUUUAGCUAGAGAUAUUGUGAACAUAAUAGCCUGUGAAGGUAAGGAGAGAGUAGAACGUCACGAACUCUUUGGCAAGUGGAAAUCGAGAUUUACCAUGGCUGGUUUUAGGCAAUAUCCUCUAAGUCCUUACAUAAAUUCUGUGAUUAGGGACCUUUUGGGACGAUACUCUGAGCAUUACACGUUACUAGAGAAGGACGAGGCUAUGCUAUUGGGAUGGAAGGAAAGGAAACUGAUUUCGGCAUCUGCUUGGCACUGAAUGAGAUAGUUGUAGAAUUACUUGUUUCUUUUAUUGGUUAAAAUUGAUAAUCAUGUUUUACAACUUUGAUAUCAUCUUUAUACCACCCCAUCUUGUUUACUUGAAUUAUUUCAUAUUAUAUUUUAGCUUAUAGAAGCAUUGUAGAGACAUAUAUUCUUCUUGAUUGAUGUUA